GCUACUGCCUGUGGGUUGAGGGGGGAAGGGCCUGCACUGGUUGGACCUGAGAGCAGACAAACUUACGUAGUCUUGGUUUAUCGCUGCCUGGCUGCCUCUCUCUAUGGCCGGCUGGAGGGGAGAGGAGGGAAUUGCUGGGAUUGUAGCUGUUGUCGGCUGCUUCGUGGUGCCUUCACAGGGCCUGGCGAUGAUUUAAUUCACGGAAAACCCAGGUACGCGGAGUGGAAAAAGGAGCAGGAGAAAGAAAGACGAGGAGAGUCGGGCUAGAGGAGAGAAGAGGAGCAGCAGACGUUAGAGAUGUGAGGUCGGGUCGAGAUUGCUGCGGUAACCCUGUCUAGGCCUGGACUGAGCAGAUUGUUCUAAGAGGAAACGGAUAACAAACGGGGGAAGUGAACAUGGCUGGGACCUCUGGCUUCUUUUCCAACGGACCUGUUCCGUGGAUGGACAACGACACGGAGAUGAACAACCUGUACCGAGACCUGGAGCUGGGCACGGUACUGACUCUGUUUUACUCUAAAAAAUCCCAGAGGCCAGAGAGACGGACUUUUCAAGUAAAACUGGAGACCCGGACUAUUACCUGGACGAGAAGCACCGACAAAAUAGAAGGAGAGAUUGACAUUCGAGAGAUCAAAGAGAUCCGUUCUGGUCAGAAGUCCCGGGAGUUUGAGCGCUAUGUGGAGGACUCAGCAGUACGGCUCGACGCUUACUGCUUUGUUAUUCUCUAUGGCUCCGAGUUUCGCCUUAAAUCCCUCAGCUUGGCAGCAACAUCUGAUGAAGAGAUGUCCAUGUGGGUUAAGGGGUUAACCUGGCUUGUGGCUGACACACUCAAGUCACCAACACCAUUACAAAUAGAAAGGUGGUUACGCAAGCAGUUCUACGCUGUUGAUCGCAACAGAGAGGACAGGAUAUCCUGUAAGGAUCUGAAGAACAUGCUGAGCCAGGUCAACUACAGGGUGCCAAACAUGAGGUUCAUCAAAGACAAACUUCCGGACCCCGAAACGAGGAAUGGAGACGUGACCUUCAGCCAGUUCGCCCAGCUUUAUCGUAACCUAAUGUUUGACACUCAGAAAAAUGUGGAGAUCCCUUUUAUGCAAAGGUUCAUCGAUAGACCAGAUCAGAGAAUUACCCUGGAGCACUUCAAGAGCUUCCUCCUAGAAUCUCAAAAGGAACUGUGGGCCACGGACAACAACAAGGUUCAGGAGUUUAUGUUUGGCUACCUGAAAGAUCCGCUAAGAGAAGUGGAGCAGCCAUAUUUUCAUCUAGAUGAGUUCCUCACAUACCUCUUCUCCAAAGAGAACACCAUCUGGGAAUCUUCGCUGGACAAAGUGUGUCCUGAAAAUAUGAACAACCCCCUGUCCCACUACUGGAUCUCCUCCUCACACAACACCUACCUGACGGGGGACCAGUUUUCCAGUGAGUCGUCCUUGGAGGCGUAUGCUCGCUGUCUGAGGAUUGGAUGUCGCUGUAUCGAAUUGGACUGCUGGGAUGGUCCUGAUGGAAUGCCGGUUAUUUAUCAUGGACACACCCUCACAACAAAAAUCAAGUUCAGUGAUGUCCUGAACACCAUUAAAGAGCACGCUUUUGUCACAUCCGAAUAUCCCAUCAUCCUGUCUAUUGAAGACCACUGUAGCAUUGUUCAGCAGAGGAAUAUGGCCACGCACUUUAAGAAAGUGUUUGGAGACAUGCUGCUGACCAAAGCAGUAGAUAUGGCUGCGGACGGCCUGCCUUCGCCCAACCAGCUCAAAAAAAAGAUUCUCAUUAAGCAUAAGAAGCUGGCGGAGGGUAGUCCCUACGAGGAGGUGUCUACCUCCACGCCUUAUUCUGAGAAUGAUAUCAGCAACUCCAUCAAAAACGGCAUCCUUUACCUGGAAGAUCCCAUCAACCAUGAGUGGUACCCUCAUUUCUUUGUCCUGACCAGCAAUAAGAUCUACUAUUCAGAGGAGACCUCCAGUAACCAGGGUAAUGAUGAGGAAGAGGAGCACAGAGAGGUGUCCAAUGCUAUGGACCAGCACGUGACAGAAAAAUGGUUUCAUGGAAAGCUUGGCGCCGGGCGGGAUGGACGGCAGAUCGCUGAAAGGCUCCUGUCGGAUUACUGCCUGGAGACUGGAGCUCCCGAUGGCUCCUUCCUGGUCCGGGAGAGCGAAACCUUUGUUGGAGACUACACACUGUCUUUCUGGCGUUUGGGGCGUGUGCAGCACUGCCGGAUCCACUCUCGCCAGGAAGCUGGCAGCCCCAAGUUCUACCUGACCGAUAACCUGGUGUUCGACUCGCUCUUCGCACUGAUCAACCACUACCAACAAGUUGCACUUCGCUGCAAUGAGUUUGAGAUGAAACUGACUGAGCCAGUGCCUCAGACCAACGCUCACGAGAGCAAGGAAUGGUACCAUGCCAACCUUUCCAGGAGCCAGGCAGAGAACAUGUUGAUGAGGGUUCCUCGUGAUGGGGCGUUCCUUGUCAGGAAAAGGAUAGAGCCCAACUCCUUCGCCAUUUCAUUCAGGGCUGAGGGUAAGAUCAAGCACUGUCGGGUGCAGCAGGAAGGUCAGACCGUGUUGCUGGGCACCUCAGAGUUUGACAGCCUUGUAGAUCUCAUCAGUUACCAUGAAAAACAGCCUCUGUAUCGAAAAAUGAAGCUACGCUAUCCCAUCAACGAGGACACACUGGAGAAGAUAGGCACUGCUGAGCCAGACUACGGGUCGCUGUAUGAGGGCAGGAAUCCUGGCUUUUAUGUGGAGGCUAAUCAAAUGCCAUCUUUGAAGUGCACAGUCAAAGCCAUGUAUGAGUAUAAAGCUCAGAGAGACGAUGAGCUCUCCUUCUCCAAGAACGCCGUCAUCACCAAUGUAGAGAAACAGGAAGGAGGAUGGUGGAAAGGUGACUGCGGAGGAAAGAAGCAGAUGUGGUUUCCUGCAAACUACGUUGAGGAGAUUAGUCCAUCAGCAGCAGAGCCUGACACAACUGAGACUGCAGAAAACAGCCCUCUCGGAGUUUUGCUGAGAGGAAGUGUGGAUGUAACUUCCUGUCAGAUAAAUACGCGUCCUGAUGGGAAGGGCAGCAGACUUUUCGUCUUCUCUCUGGUUCAGAAUAACAUGGUGCACGGCACUAGUGUGCUGGACGUGUCUGCCAACAGCCAAGAUGAACUUAAAGAGUGGGUGACGAAGAUCCAAGAUGUCGCUGCGACUUCUGAGGCCAAGCUAGAGGAGGGGAAGAUAAUGGAGAGGAGGAAGAAGAUUGCUCUGGAACUGUCAGACCUGGUUAUCUACUGCAGGCCGGUCCCAUUUGAUGAAGAAAAGAUCGGCACAGAGCGGGCCUGUUUCCGUGACAUGUCUUCCUUUCCCGAGACCAAGGCGGAGAAGUACGUCAACAAAAUCAAGGGGAAGAGGUUCCUGCAGUACAACCGACUGCAGCUGUCCAGGAUCUACCCCAGAGGCCAGCGGCUCGACUCCUCCAACUAUGACCCGCUCCCCAUGUGGCUGUGCGGAUCCCAGCUGGUGGCGCUCAACUUCCAGACUGCAGACAAGCCCAUGCAAAUGAACCAGGCCCUGUUCAUGCUGAAUGGAAGGAGUGGCUACGUCCUUCAACCUCCCAUCAUGAGAGACGACAGCUUUGAUCCCUUCGACAAAAACACACUACGGGGCAUAGAGCAAGUCUCAAUGAGAAUAGAGGUUCUGGGCGCUCGUCACCUCCCGAAGCACGGCAGAGGCAUCGUCUGCCCCCUCAUUGAGAUUGAGGUGUGCGGGGCAGAAUACGACAAUGACAAGCAGAAAACGGACUCUGCGGCUGACAACGGUCUGAAUCCAACCUGGCAGAGGAAGUCCUUCCACUUCACUGUGUGCAACUCUGCCUUCGCUUUCCUGCGUUUUGGGGUUUACGAAAUUGACAUGUUUAACGACCAGAACUUUCUGGCUCAGGCUACAUUCCCGAUUCAAGGCCUCAAGACAGGCUACAGGUCAGUACCACUGAAGAACAGCUACAAUGAAGAUCUAGAGUUGGCUUCUCUGCUGGUCUACAUGGACAUCACCAGAGGCAGGGAUGAAAAUGGGGAAGUUAUGAGCCCCUUCUCUGCAGUAGGAACCACGUCAGUGCCGGCAUCAACCCAAGUAGGACGGGAGCGUUUUGGGGAGCUGGGCUCUGUGUCCUCAACGUCCUCCACCAUGUCCCCUCUGUCCCAGUCACCCGCUCAGGCCAUGUCCUACCGAGGUAGGGAGGGCUCCUUUGAAUCCCGCUACCAGUCCCCGAUAGACGACUUCAGGGUGUCCCAGGAGACUCUGCUGGACCAAAUGGACCCACAGAGCAGAAGGGUGUUGCAGAGGACCAGUCACCUCUCCCCGUACUGAUGAUGUCACAGACUGCUGUGAUUGCUGUUUCCAUGGAAACGCCCACCACCGCUUUGGCCUACAUUUCAGGGAGCUCUCCCUCCUUCGAUUCCUCUUAUACCCCCCUACCCCCAUGCCCUUAUUCCCAUCUCUGUGCCCAACCGAGGAGGAGGGAAAGGACACUGCAGGGGGCGCUGACAGGAAGCUGACGGCGGCAGAAAGGAAGAAGAAACAGUACAACAAAAAGCUGGAAGGCUGAAAAGGUUCUAGUCCUUGACUUUAAUCUCCUGUUUUGUUUCUGUUGUGAACAACAUCUGCUUAGUUUGGAGAACAAGAGGAAGAAAAGAGAGAGAGCUGGAGAAGGUUCCGGUUACUCUUCUCUUUGCUGUGUAUGGAUAUAUAUAUUUAUUCCUGCUGUGCUGUUGGCCAGAGAACAGCAGCCGUCGACCCGCUCUCAAAGAGCUCCUGUCUCCAUGUUUUUAAAUUUUCCAAUUAUUUAAACCUUUAAACAUUCAUAAUGUGACUUUAUGUUGGUGGGAAUCAUGAGGGCUCUCUACGGCUACUUUUAACGUCUCUCCGCUUCGUGAAGGACAUCAUGUGCCUCCGUUUUAACUCUUACUUACAAUCUGGUCUGAUAUCACAUAGGUGUUUCUUUUUUUAUUAUUGUUAUUAUUAAAGGCGUGAGGAAGAGGUCCAGCCUGUUUUUUGCAUUGCAAUAAGCAUCGUGUUUCUCACUUGCAUUCCAAACAAAAAACUACACAUCAUUCCAUCCUGCUUUUACCAACCAGUCGGACACACGCCCGUCACGGACCCUUCUGGCACCUCGGCGGCGUGGUGAUGCAGGACCGGGGACACAUGCUAGGCCUGGAUUCAGGUGGCGACGGAUUGUAGUUGUGUGAUUUUUGUUUGCAUUCUCUACCGUCACGUUCCUAACCACGUCAGUGUCUUCUAACACACCCAUGUUAAAAUGCCAGCUUUUUUGAUUUAAUCAAAUCAGACUAUGAUCGAUCAUUUUCAAGACAUGUUCCACCUCUAUUGUGAAGUAAAACGUAAAAAUUCAACUCUUACAAAUCUGUAAGAAGGGGGAAUUGGGCAAAGUGGUGCAAUAACCUGUUUUCCAUAGCAUCCACACUAUUCAACAAAAACUUUGUUGAAACAGAUUUCUAAUUAAAGCAUGCGGUCUCCUUUGUUUGAGGAAGCACGCCGCAUAUUUACUUGGCAAUAUUUGCCUACCCUACUUUGGAAAAGUCUGAGAUUGUGAGUACAUCCCUUCAUGUGACGCCACAGAGGCCAAAGCUGUAUUUAUUUCUGGUGAAGCAGUGCUUUCGUUUCGUGCCUGGAAAAAAUUAAAACUUUGCCAGAAAUCAGAAGAUGAUUAGACAUCUGAAGGUUUUCUCUUUAAGUCCUCAGUUCCAUCUAAAGAAAAACAACCCUGGGUCAUAAUACCGCCACCACCAUGUUUCACUGUGGGGUUCUUUUGGAGAUGCUCAGUGCUGUUUUUGUUCCAAUCCUGACUUUUGUUGCAAUAAAAAAAAAAAAAAAAAGAAUGUUGUUAAAUAACAUCUGAAUAUGUGGGAAUCAAUAAAUGAAAUGUAGGAUAUAAAUAUAGCCAGACUUCCCAUAAUGGCUCAAAUAUUCUAUUUAUUUAAGACUAAUUUGUAGGCUGUGCUCACUUAUGCAACAAGGCUUAAAUGAACCCCCCCCCCCACACACACACACACACAGAUUUGUUUGUAUUUCUGCUAAAUUGUAGAGGAUAUGUCACAUAAAAGAUGUAAAAGUCUUCAAAGGAUUUAAUCAUGGUUAUUUUUUUAAAUCACAAAAGUUUUCAUUUUAACAGGGGUGUAUAAACCUAAGAUCGACUGUGGAGAAGCAAGGUUCGCACAGGACUCAGGACUGCAUUGAUGCUGAUCAUUCUUAUUCCUAAUUCAGGAUGUUCAUGCUAUAACUGUGGGAGAAAAGGAUGGAGACUAACAAUCACCCUGCCCGACAUGCCAGUCUGGAUCGUUUUCCUCUGAUGAACACAGAUGUAGGUUGAUGGUGAAAUGAAGCGUCACUGUUUUCAGUGUCCUGGUUAAGGGGUUCAAUUCUGCACACAUGGUUUUAAGCAUGUGUGUUCCAGUGCAGUUGAAUUCAGCGCAUCAAGACAUGGAGUAUUGAAGAUGAAGAGGACAAGAGGCUCGGGCUUGGUGGAAAACAGUGGCUGACGGGUCAGCCCUGAUGGUGGUUUUUCACGUUAUUCAGGAGCGACGACCCUUUCCGUGCUCAACAAACACAGCAGUGGCGUCUUUAAAGGUUUGAAUCUAAAAGUGUUUUGGGUCUGAGAUAUUCCGAAGCUUGCUCGGUGUUUGAGACGCAUUUAAGCCAUAAAGGAUGAUUUAAGGUAAAAGUCAGGUCAUCAUACUGGUGGGCUGGGGCAUUUUGUUGCAUUUGCACUCAAAUAUUAAUCCCAAAGCUUCUUCAUGUUGCACGUUCUCUUCCUCCAGUUUGUUUUCAGGUAUUUUUUUCAGGGAGCUCUACCCUCUUCUUUCUGGCCUGUCUGCACACACAUCACAUUAAAGCCACAUCUCCCACAGCCAUGAUCAUGUAUUGUGACAGACUGCUUCUCCGCACCGUGCAGAGCAUGUCCCAGAGUGAACCGUCUGAUCGUGUUGUUGGACUAUUGUCUGUACUGAGGUCAAAUCGUGUGGGGCUUUUAUCUGUAAUAUGUUCUGCUUGUUCUUUCUAAUUUUAUCCAUUUUGUUUCUGCUAGUGACGGCCUCAUUUACAUUUGCCUUCCUGUAAUGUGCCUAAACUAUGAAUCUAUGAAGAGAAGUAUUAAUUUUUAUUUUUUGCCUUUCAUAUGGAACAUAUUCAAGCCUAAAAAGUUAAUAAAUACUCACUGCUUUAUA